UACAGUGUUUGACUGAUUGGGCACUUAUCGAGUUGGGAAUACCAAAGGGUGUUUUGCGUCGCACUUGAAAAUAGUUAGUGCUAAGAUCCAUUCCAAACUACAAAGUUACUAUGGCAGAUGAAGGAACCCAUCACAUUCUCUUUAUAAAAGCGAUAAAUGCCCAGCCCGCCUUAACGGAGGGAGGGCGCCAAUAUCUUUUGAGAGAUUUAGGAAGUGGAGGCUUUGUUAUCUUUCACUAUAUUCAUUAUCGAAAAGGAAACGGACGGUGGUGCAUAUCGAUUGGCAACAUUAUAUUAUUCACUAUCUAGACAUCCUCUUUUUUGUUUCCAAUACAGAAACACGAUUGUACUGGAAUAUCUUAGUUAGCCUGCACGGAACCAUCUCCAAAGAACAGUAUUAUUUGGCCAUUUCAGCAAAUACCUUAGAUUUCAUACUUGUUCAAGUCACAACUACUCCAAUCAUGUCACUAUGAGUAAGAACCGCGAGAAUUAUAUUUUCAAUAAAAUAUUAUGAGUAGAAUUUUGGAAAUAUUAUCGAGAAAAUAAGACCUAAAACGUCAGGAAUAACACUGUUGAAUACAUACAGUUUAUAGGAGAAACCAUUAUCCAUAACCUAAACAUUCUUUUUGUUAAAUUUUUGAUUUUUAGCAAUGUCGAAAUAUUUACAAGAGUUUGCUGUGCAACGUGCAAAGGCAAUUUUAGACUUUUGGUUUGGCAAGACAGAGGAACAACUUUUAUACUAUGAUCUUUGUGAAGAUAGGCAACCAAUGUGGUUUCGCGGAGGGGACGAAGUAGACAAGGAGAUAAGAGAAAAAUUUGGACAAGACCUGGUACGUGCAGAUAGGGAAGAAUAUGCUAGUCUUUUAGAUGACCCGAACCCCCGUUAUCGUCUAGCCCUUAUCAUCUUAUGGGAUCAGUUCCCAAGAAACAUGUUUCGUAAAGACGCAAAAGCCUUCGCUUGGGAUGCCAAAGCAUUCGCGCUUUCAAAACAACUUGUUUCUUCUUCUCUAGACAAGAAGCUCCGUCCCAUAGAACGUGUCUUUGCUUAUCUGCCUUUUGAACACCAGGAAAAUCUUCAAAGUCAGUCUGAGUCACUAAGACUCUUUGAAGACUUGAAAGCGGAAGCUUCGAAUAUCUCUGAUGAAGCAACCAAGAGCCACUUCAUAGCGUUUGCUGAUAAGCUUUUUUCAUAUGCAAAGCUUCACUAUGAUAUCAUUGAACGGUUCGGCCGUUUCCCACAUAGGAAUGAAUAUUUCGGAAGAGAAACUACUGAAGAGGAGAAACAGUUUCUGCAGGAUGAAAGUAAGCGGUUUGGACAAUAAACUGAACCAAACAUUGUCGUCGGUUCAGUUUCAUAGA